CUCGACACCUCACAAUGCCGAGCCACAAGUCGUUCCGUACCAAGCAGAAGCUUGCCAAAGCGCAAAAGCAGAACCGUCCCAUUCCUCAAUGGAUUCGUCUCCGAACAGGCAACACCAUCCGUUACAACGCUAAGAGACGUCACUGGCGCAAGACUCGCAUCGGUAUCUGAUCAACUCGCCCUGCUCUUUCCUUUCUGUGCGGCAAUCCAGCAAUCGGAGAAUUACAACGCUGGAUAUGGAUUUGAACAUGUACGAGGAGGUCUGAUGGAAUAGAUGCAAAGAUGCAUAGGAUGGGAAUCAUGACUGAUAUUGGCGCGAGAUAGGGCUAAAAGGCAGCACUACAUCACAGCUAGCCAAUGGAAAGAUCAAACGAACAUUACAGUGAACUGCUGCCGAGUGUUGUUACUUCUAUAUUGGAAAUGCAAUUUGCCCACUCGUAUAUACCAUCACAGCUAAUGUACAGCACACAGCUAUCCGACU